AUGUGGUGCCCACUAGACCAAGGCUCUCCGGAUGCAUGGCGAGAGGGGGAUACCUUCUCAGAUCUUAUACUAUCGCAUGGCUACCACUGCGACAACAAGAUAAGAGGGCCCACAUUCGAACAUCUCGGUGGGGGAGGUUCGUCCUGGAUUGAUGUUACCUUCUCCCGAGGCCUGGAGGUAUUUAACUGGGAAAUACUUCCAGACCGUGGCCUCUCCGACCACUACCCUAUCAUCUACGACUUUGCUCUCACUACGGAGCCCCUUUGCCCCAAGUCUCACCUCGCACAGAACGAGCUUUCGGAUUUCUCUUUCUACUCUUGUGACUGGGAAAAGUACAAACAAUUUCUGCAAGCUGCAGAACCUACAGAUAGGCAGGAUAUCAACAGUGGAGCUAGUUGCGAGGUGGCCUUGAACCACAUCACAUCCAGCAUACAGGCAGCUUUCAAGAAGGCAUCGCGCAGGAGAAAGGAGUCCAGUCUCCCAUCAUCCCGUUUCGUCAAACACCGAAACGACUGGUGGGAUGACGACCUCAAGACUAAGAGAACUGAACUCAAGAAAGCAGAGAGAGGGCAGGACUCCGAACUGAGGAAGAAGCUUCGUAAUGAAUACCGCUCGGCCAUAAUCAAGAAGAAAUCGGAGGCCCUAAACAGGGCUUUAGACUCUAUCGAGACAACAGGCGAUAACAAGGAUAUCUUUAAAGCCUUCAAAAGCCGAUCCCCAUAUACCCCACUGACUCCGUUAGAAGGAUGCGCUGGCAUGGAUGAGACAGCCGACCAGUUCGCCGAUUGUUACCUCGGAGACUUGCUGGAGCCACCACAGAAUCUUCUCCGGGCUACUGUGCUCCCUCUCAGUGAUCAGGAUGCAAGAUUUGAGUUCACGGCCGAUGAUGUUAAACAAGUGCUGGAUCAAAGGAGGAGCAA